AAAAGUAAGUCUAGAGAGUAGAGGCCUUUUUACAAUUGGAAACAGUGAAAAAUGGAUCUCUUAAAAUUGUUACUAAAUAAAGGUAGAGAGGCUAAGAGUAUCGGCAUCCCAUUGAUUGAGGCAGUGAUAGUGGGCAACAUUAUCGUAAAGAUUUUAAAUGCAACAUUAUUGACGUUCACAGCACUCAAUUUGACAACCCUUUCCUUUCUCUUCAAACCUUUUCAGAAAGCCCAUUCCCAUCGACCAGUUUGGAAUUUUGAAUGUAAUUUCAAGUCCCAUCAAUAUCUUUAAAAAAAAGAUAAAAAAAAACCCAACAACUUUGCUUCCGAAAACACCCUCAGACUUAACCCUAAAUUUCACAUUCAUACCAACCAAACAAAACCUAGAAAACCAGGAGCCAAACCGAGCCGAAUAAAGCACCAAAGCCGGGAUUGACUAGGCAAGCGGGUCCCACGGCAACUGACCCGGACUCCAACCUCGAAUUAAACUCAAUUUAAUAAUUUAAAAAAGGAAAAGGCAGCCACCAAUUUCUUUUAAAAAACGAAAACAGAAAAAGCGAAAGGGAAAAAGAAUCGAGAAACAUGAAAACAAAAAGGCAAAUCAAAGUGUGUGAUGGGCUAAGAAUUCGGUCCCACGCGCCUGCAUCGUCAGCAUCAUUACACCGUACUCUCUCUUUCUCUCUCCAUUGUCCCCCUUUAUAUAUAAACCCUAAGAGAUCUCUUCCGCACCACAACCCACCGUGUCAACUCUUGUCCAAACAACGCCAAUAAACGUCCCUCUUUAAUCAAAACGCUAUCGUUUUGGUCUUUUAUUUCUCUCUCUCUAUGGAUGAUUCUAGUUGCAAGAAGCGAGUCCGGGAUGACUCGGACGAGUCAGUCCUCGAAUCGCCCCAGGCGAAGCGACUCAGAGACGAUUUACUCGAGUUCUUCGACGACGCUGAUCACACACCUUCCACUCAGGACCUUGACUCUGUCAUGAAGAGCUUGCAGGAGGAGAUUUCGGCCUCUUCCUCCCCCGCUUCCCUCCACGUGACGUCAGAUUCCGGCGAUUCUCAGGCGCAGAUCGGGUACCUCUUGGAGGCUUCCGAUGAUGAGCUUGGGCUUCCCCCCGCCGGAAACUCGUCGGUGCCGGAGGAGAAGAAUGAGGAGCCCGAGUUGGUCCGAGUUUCGUCUGACUCGUCUGGAAUCGGUGAGUUAUGGGAGUUUGAGGAUCGGAUUCCGAGUUAUGACUCGUUUGGUUUGGGAACCGAGUUCGGUUAUGAUUGCAACACCGAGUACGUUACGUUUGAAGGGCUUUUCGAUCAUUCCGAUGUGUAUUAUGACUCAACUGAUUUUUCUGACUCGUGGCGGCACGGGUCCUUGCCCGCACAAUAGAAAUUACGUUAAAAAACAAACAAAAGGAAAGGGAAAGUUUCUUAGACAUGUAAAUAUUUUCUUUUCUCUCACCUUUUUUUGUUCCCUUUUCUGGACAAAGGGAAUUACAGAAGAUUAUAAGCAGGACUUAGGAUAACAAGAUUAAAAGGAGGAUAUUCUUCGCGGUUUCAUUAAUUUUUAUAUAUUUUAUUAAUCGUUGUAUGCUUCUGCCUGAUAACCGUUUCUGCAAAUGGUCGUUAAAAAAUUUAAGUAAAAAAUUGGUACAUUGAACUCGUGACUGAAUUAUUCUCUCCUACCUAAUCUUUACAGGAAGGAAACUGGUUUUUUAAUUUUUUUUAUCUAAAAUAAUGACCUUUUAGUUCUGUGAAUUAAAAUGUGCCAAGACUUGAGAGAUUUCAAAAGACUA